AUGCCGGCCUUCCCCCGCUGGAACACGACCCAAGAUGACUACCCGGUCCCGAUAAUCACCAACAUCCGCGACACCCAAGAGCCUCAAGCCCCCCGAGCGCCGGCCCGCGUCAGCCCCCGCCCGGCGCCGACGAGACAAACCCCAGCAGCCCCCUCUGCCCAAUCCAAGUCCGAACCCGACCGCGAUGCCACGGCGAACGAAUACUUCGAGCACUCGAGCGCCAAGCGCGUGGCCACCGAUGUGGUCAUCACCCGCGCCCUGAAGGCCCAGUACCCGGGCCUCGAGCUCGUCGUCGUCCCCGAGGCCUUCAGCUACGGCACCGAGUGCAACCUUCUCGCCUACGCCCAGGCGGGCUUCGCGACCUUCGAGCCCAUCGAGGACAAGAGCGACCUGCCCUCGUCGCUCGAAUGGACCGUCUACUUGCCCCCAGCCCGCCGCAUGGACGGCAACCUCGGCGGUCUGGCUAACAGUGUCAUUUACGGCAAGUACCUGUACAAAUGGCAGGGCCACGAGUUCAUCGUGUACCUCGUCGACGGCCGCGACGGCACCGCGGGCUACCUGCAGUACAAGAACUACUACGUGCUGGCGCCCGAGACCUACCACGUCGACCAGCUUGUCCUCGCAGCGGGUUCGUGGAGCGAGGAUCUGCACGACGAGGUUUGGGUGUACGACCAGGGCCGCUGGCAGAAGAGCCGGGAGCUGUUCGAGAGCACGCGGAACGCGUCGUGGGAAAACGUGAUCCUGGACACGGACAUGAAGAAGGCGCUGAUCGAGGACCACCUGUCGUUCUACAAGUCGCGUGAGACAUACCAGAACCUCAAGGUGCCGUGGAAGCGCGGCCUGAUCUACCACGGGCCCCCGGGCAACGGCAAGACGAUUUCCAUCAAGGCGACGAUGCACAUGCUCAACGAGAUGAAGAUCCCGACGCUGUACGUGAGGACACUGACGUCGUAUGCCGGACCGGAGUAUUCCCUGGGCCAGAUCUUCGGCAAAGCACGCCAGUUUGCGCCGUGCUAUCUUGUCUUCGAGGAUCUCGACACUAUUGUGUCGGAUGAUGUGCGGAGUUACUUCCUCAAUGAGAUGGAUGGCUUGAAAGCGAACGACGGUAUCUUCAUCAUCGGAAGCACAAACCACCUGGACCGCCUUGACCCUGGUAUCUCGAAACGCCCCUCCCGAUUCGACCGAAAGUAUUACUUCCCGGACCCCGACCAGGAGCAGCGUGCCGCAUACUGCAAGUUCUGGCAAAAGAAGCUUAAGGGCAACAAGGAGAUCGAGUUCCCGGACAAGCUGUGCACGGCCAUUGCCAAGAUUACCGACAAGUUCAGCUUCGCAUACAUUCAGGAGGCCUUUGUUGCGGCGCUGCUGGCCAUUGCCCAGAAGAAGGACAAUGGGCGUGACGAGGUCGAGGCUCUGACCGAGCAGCUGGAGGAUGACUGGCUUGGUGUUGUGGACUCGACUGAGGAUGAGGACAUUGAGAAGCUUGUCCUGUGGGUUGAGAUCAAGAAGCAGAUUGAGAUCCUGCGUGAGGGUAUGGAGGACAAGAAAUAA